AUGGGAUCUUCUGAACUUGACACAACAACAACAACAACAAGAACUCCUUCAAUAAUGGCAGAUGAGGACGAUUCACCGGCCGCAUUUUCGGUAGUUAUUGGAACUAGUAGCGAAUCUACGGAGAAACAGAAUGGUCUCAUUUCGAUUUUGGUAAGAUAGAUCUUCCUCCGAUGUUUAAUUUUUUUCUAUAGAUCAGAGAUGUGGAUGGUUACUGUACAGAUCGUACUUUGCUUCGUCAAUCGCAUUCGCAUUUCACACCAUUUAUGAGAGGACAUGUUAGUUUAUCUAGUUUUAUGUACACUUCAAAAAAUAUAUAAAUCUACCUUUUUAAUAAAAUCCCAAUCGGGAUUUUAUUAAAAAUGUAGAUUUUCAGUCAGAUCUUUUCGUAAUUGCAAAUCAGCCAAGUUUGGGGCCUCUCGAAAGUGCUGAAAUCUACUAUAAUCCUAGUGACGAGCGUAAGUUUUAAUUUCCUUCAAAAUCCAGCCGUAAAAGAUUUUUGCAGUGUCUGAAACACCGUGGCGUCUGCGAUCAUUGCAAAUAUUGCAUCACGAAUCGGGGAAAAUCUACAAUUUUCAACUGGAUUCAAAAUUAUCCACACAACAUGUGAUGACAAUGGUUUGUAAAGAAGAUGCGGUUCAAAUUAUUCCGAUGAGUCUUCCAAAUCCGUUCAAAUGA